UGUGUGACGCCGCGGCGGGCAGGUGGGGAGCCGAUAGUGUCUCCUUUUUAGUGAGGAGUGUGUAUUAGUGUGUGCGUGGCCCCUUUAAAGCUGCCUCGGGAAUUAUUCAUACGCCAUAGGAAGGAACAGGCGUGCAGAACGUAAACAUGUAUACAUCGUUGUUCUGACUGACGAACUUGUUGCUACCGUCGGUCUAUGUGCCCAGUGAUGUUCCUGUGUGUAUGCCUGGUAGCUGCUCCACCUUCCUAACCCAUCAACUCAACAUUCAUCCUAUCCGCUGAUGUCUGCCUCAUCUCCAUUUUCCUACUUCAUGUAGAAGGAAAGAAGUCUUGGAGUUGGUUACCAAAAGUCAUUCAGAAGUUCAAGUUUUUACGAUAGAAAUAAGCCAUAAGACAUGAAAGGGUAUUCAAGUGAUCAAGUUGCAUAUCUGUGAACAAGUCAAAGAAGAGCAUUGCUUUGUACAAAGUGUUACCAAAGAUUAUAGGAACUUUGAUGUAGAACACCACUUGGUUUUCAUAGUGGGAAUGACUGUGCCUGUGAAGUUAGUAUGUAGAAACUGUUCAUGCAUGUUGGUGACUAAAUGAUAUGGUUGGGCUUGGGUGGUAUGCAUGGUUAGCAAUUUGCCUCCUUUGGUGGAUUUUCUCUGUGGAGGUGACUGCUCUGCUACCUGAUGAUCUGCUCACCACCACUGUGCUCAUGACUUUGCAAUACUCCUUCAUGCUGCUCUUCAUCAUCUCUGCAGCACACCUCUACCACAACCUGCUUCCACACCCAGCCAGGGGACUCAUUGGCAGAGGCUUCUCAUGAAUGCUGACUCAAGAAACUUCAACUUCUAGAGUAAGACAAAUGAGACAGAUAAGUGGCAUGAGCUGAGGUCCUCAGUUUACCCUCUAGAGAAACUGCUCAGCUUAGUAUGGUGGUGUCGAUGGCAGGAGUGCUUGUUGCCCUAGCAGUGGUAGCAGGGCAUGUAUGGGUUGUGUACAUCACUGCCCCUCACCUUCUACCCCCUGAUGCAUGGCUCAUCACAGCUCUUGACCUGCUAGCUCACUGGGCACUGGUCUGGGAGAUCACUGCCUUCUGCACCUUCCUCAAUGAAGUGGAUAUCAAAGGAACUGGUGGCGGAUUUGUUGCAGAGUUAAGAAACAGAUGGAUAUAGUAUAUUUUCAGUGCUAGAAAUAUUGUUAAGAUUUAAGUGAAACUAAAUCAAAUACAUUUCAUAAUUUAGCCAACAUUGUAAUGAAAGUAAUUUUGUGACAACCUUUAAUUUGGAUGGACAUUUACUGAGUUAUGAAAAGUGAAGCAGAAAAUACUCUGCACAGACUUAUAAAUACGUUCUUGUUAUAUGAUGAAACCAGUUGUUAACAUUGACACCAUGGAUAACUCUGCUGUUGGGAACAGUGGUGGCCUACCUGCCAGUAAUACGACAGAGAAAAUGAGUCACCAGAAAGCAGAGUCAUUAUCAUCACCUGAGGAUGGAGAUUACAUAUCUUGCACCAAUUCAGCACUGCCCGAAGAAGCUGGAGACCGUUCUCCAAUUGUUAUGCCAUCUGAGGCCACAAGUAAUGUAAAAAUGAGUGCUAACAUGGCCACCAAGCUGAGCCAGAUGCGUGUAUCAAGGGAGAGCUUGAACGACUCGAUAGAAAAGAGUUGUGAAGAUAUGAGAAAUGAGUUGAAUGAGGAGCCUCUUUUGGACCCCAACAACCAAGCCAAUACCACUGGCAGGGGGGCUUCACAAAAGCCUAUGUUGCGUCAAGUGUAUCCAUGCCUUUCCUGCCUUCCAUUUGAGAACAACAUAGUAUUUUGCUUUGUUUUAUCUGUUUGGGAUAAUAUAGUUGGCCCACAAACUGUUAAUGUAUGGAAAAGGAAAUCAUUCCCUACUCAAAAAACCUUUGAUGACUUGCUUGAAAAAGAAGUUGAAGUAGGUGAAGACCUUAUGAAUGUGAGGCGAGCAAGUCUUCAGACAUUGCUAGGCAUGGAAAUUCACCGCAACACCCCCCCAUCAGUGGAGGGGAGCUGGCCAGGGAGGCAGAGUGGAAGUAGAGCUGAUGCCAGAAGAUACAGCAGUACUUCCAAUGACUCUGAAGUAUAUUCUUCCACUGAACAUGAAAGAAAGUUUUCAGGGAAACAUAUUGGAAAUCUUCUUAGCAGCACCAGAAGGAUAUCAUCUCCAAGACCAAAUGAUGAUUCAAGGCCGCCUAGCAGUGUUGAAGCCUUCUGUGAAGAUUUUGGGAAUGAUAUUUUGAUGCAGUCCCUUACUGCUCUCAAGGACAAACCAAAUAACUCAAAGAUGAAGGAUUUAUCUUCAAGAUCUGAGAGCUCCAUGGAUGAAGGGAUGCUUCAAGAGCCUGAGGAGGAUCUCUCAAGCCUGCACACUAACUCCGUAAAGAAUACUUAUGACAGUGAAGGGGAGUCAGAUGAACAAGAGUUUGGCAGCACGUGGGUGUAUGGGCGAAGCCGCUUACGGGUGGGCACUGUCGUGUGGUAUGUGACCGUGCACAGUGUUGGUGUGGGCCAGGUGGGGCCAGCCUCCAAGAAGGUCACUUCAUCUCUCCACGUUGUGCCACACCAAGGCAUCAUCGUUGUGGCUGCUAGGUUCACUGUGGAUGAGGAGGAAGGUGCCGUGCCAUACUGCCUCUCCAUGGUUGUGCCACUUGAGGAAUACAAAAAUUUCCUUCCCCUCAGUCAAAUGGUCACCAGUUGGCUGGUCACCAUUGCAACCACUACAAGAUUACUACUAACCAAGCAUGGCGUUAAUGGAGGGAGACUGGUGAAGGACAAGUUGGUGGAACUAUGUGAGGUGCUGGUGGCCCUGCGCAGCGCCUCUCUUGACCAGUACCCGCUGACCCCAGCCGGGCAACCCCCAGAUGAUCGAAGGUUCGCUGAGGUGCUUCUCACAUCUCAUCUUCAGACCAUGGGCAGCACAGUGGUAGUGGCAGACUCUCCUAAUGCUGCUAACAAGGUUAUCAUGUGGCUGGCACAGUUCUCAGACCCCAGCACCCUUCCUGCCUCCCGGCUGUGCCUGUCAUACACGCAGUGGCCCUUCCAUCCAGGUCUCUUCAUACAGGGAAUAGUCCGGAGCUCAAGUGGGGAGGUAAACCUCUCCGCUCAGAAGUUGAUCCAGUCCUCCCGCCCUCUGACAGUCGUCGAUGUAAACCGAGGCACAGUGAAGCAGACUGGUCCACCUGAUGUUCAUGCUCGUCGCAACUCCACAGCUCUGCGUCAGGAACUGGUCUCCCUCUGGCAUGGCCUCUCGGAUGUGUCUGUGCCCUCAGAGAGCCUUCUGGAGCCCACGCGCAUAGCAGCCCCAUUGGUCAAGCGUUUUUUGCACGACUAUGACCGUUUGAGCUCCUGCCACAAUGAGGUACGGCAAGACUUCAUUCGUGCAUUUCUUCGGUCACUGCGCUACACUGCCUUAUCCAUCAUUACUUGGACCCAGCAUGAAUGGUCUGCCCAGCGCAGGAGGUCUGGUUAUGGAUCCUUGCGCCGUGCACUGUCUUCUGUGUUUGACCUGGAUGAAGCAGACCUUCGGGUUGUGUUGGCCCAGGCAGAGAUUCUUGAGCCUGGAUUUUACUCGUACGUAACAUCAAUGUCUCAGUGAGUAUGAAACACUACCCCACUCAACACAUUACAACAAAUCUAAGUUCCUUUGUUUGUCAGGUUGUAUUUUCUGGUCAUAUUCUGAGGUGGAUAAGGUCUGAGUAAAUGCUCUGUUCUGUGGAAGUGGACUGUAUUCUUAAGUUGUUGAUUCACUAAUUCUCAUUGUUUAGAAGAGUUUUCUGUUGAACUGUUGUUGUCAUCAACAGUUGCAGUGAAAGUAAUAGUACAGUUGACCUUCAUAUUUCAUUACUAAUGGGAGAUGCUGUAUUAAGGUUUACAUUCUCCCAUUGAGAAUUUUCAUUACAUAAGAGGAAAUAAAACAGAAUGUAUAAAUUAUUUCUAUGAAAUCUAUAUUUUAGCCCACUACAUUGUCCAUAACUUAAAAUUAGGAACAGCUGAUUUUGGCAGUACAUACAGUGGGAUGUGCUAGAAUGAAAGGAACUGAUUCUAGAAUGUUGUUCAUCAUGGCAUUUGUUCAUUCCAGCAUACAAUGAAAUACAUGUAUUAUGGGUAAUCUGUUCCAGGCCCGCAAUCAAGACCAAAGUCACCACCCAUCACAGUAAGAUUGGUAGUCUUAACGUCCCCAUAUCUCGUUUUCUUCCUUGCAAACUAGUUUUGUCAUAAUAUAUGUCUAUUAACAUUUAAACCUCUUGGAGAACUAUAUGAAGCAGCAUAGGUAUCAAAACAAGUAUGAAAAUAGUGCAAACCUGAACAACCGCAGGUGGUGAUGAAGCCCAAAGUCAAAAUCAAAAAGGAAUGUUCAUGCUCUUUCUUAUCAAAAGAGCUUGCCUCUGUCAACUCUGUUUAGGGUCUCUAAAAUACAUGGGAAUAUAGUAUAACUAACCUUGUUUGGGGGCUCAUCUCAUCUCGACCCUUUGUGUUUGCACAUUUCAUUGCCUUGAGUUACUCCACCGUUGCUGCUGCAUGGGUUUGCACUCGCACUUACUUCAUCACUAUUUGCAACGUUGUUUUGAUGCCUACACUAUUUCCUGCAGUUUUCCAAGAUAAUUGAAGGUUAAUAGAAGACUUAUAUUGCAAAAGAAAAGUAAUAUACAUGGUUGACUGACCUUCACUUCACUUACUCAAAACUUAGUUGUACUACACCUUCUCCAGGAAGUGAUAAUGAUAUCUACCAUAUGUUUGUUAUGUAGUAAACAAAGCAAAGUAAGUUAGUUGUGGCAUAUUACCCUUAACACUGGUGUUGUGGAAUACUGAAUCACAGUUGUUGCAUGCAGAGUAUGCAGCAGAUUAUUCCCUCCAUAAGUUAGGAAUGUUAUAAAUUUUGCUCCUUUUUUUCAUGUUAAUGUGAGCAUUCCCUCAUGUGAAAGGUAACCACGGCUGAGAGUGAAGCAGAGGAGGAUGGUAAAGGCUAUGCACUUUUAUUUGUUUCCAGCAACAAUAGCUUUUUGAACAUCACAGUCCAGGUCUUCAUUAUAAAGUAUAUGCACUUAAGGUGCACAAUAAAUUACACCAACCACAAUUCUUGCUUACAAAUAAAGCACAUUCUAUUUUUUCCAGCCCAACAUGGUUUAGGGAUCUGUGGUUUGUUCUCCACCCAUAGGAUAGUUGGUGUAGUAUAGCAGGGCUUUGCUAUAUAAUCUUCCAUAAUACAGUCAUUAUUUCAAGACUUUGUCAAGAAGACUAAAGGUAUUUGCAGUCUGGUGUAGCAUUGGCUAGAAUGAUUACCAUACCAUUAAGAGUUUGGGUUGGAUUCCCCAACCAGGUGCACAUGAAAACAGUUUGGAUACACCUUUUGCAGUAGUGCCUAUUCACCAAACACAGAGUAUGUCUGGAAAUAAACUGAGCUAAGAAUUGGCUCUGAUAAGACAUGGUUUGAACAGCAUGAUGGAUGUAGCAAUAGCAUUGGAAGUUGAUGAGCAUGACGGGUAAAGUUAACUCCAUGAAAGGACAGAACAAAUAGUUCAAUAAAUAAAAAUAAGUGCAAGUCAUAAUAAAUAAUGUGUUCUUUUGUUUUCUGAUGCCAUUAUGUACAUUUGUUUAGGUAAGUGUUAUUUGAAUUGUGAAUUGGUAUGCCUACACUUUUGUGCUCAGUGAAGUGUUAAUGAAAGACAAAAUAGGUCACAAGGAAUAUUUUCUAAAGUCCUUUUUCUUAUUUAUGGUAUGAAUCAGUUAUUUAUUUUCUCUGGAACAUUUUGUAUGUAUGAACUUGAAAAGAUGGAUUGAAGUUUUUUUUGUUUUUGUUUUUUUUUUUACAUUAUCAUUAUCUUUAAACCUUAACCUAUUAAAUGACAAAGAACUGAUUCUGAAGUAGGUGCUGCAAAUUUUUUGCCCUUUUAUAAGUAUAAAUGCCUCCUUUUCUUUCCUUCCAAAGAAAAAGCAUUCUUCUGGAAAAAAAUAUAUACUUUGUUCAACAACUUGAUUACUGAGUGUUCCCAUUUUGCCAGUGAUGGAGUGAUACUGUUAAUGGCUGUGUUUUAACACCUGUGCCUUCUGAGUCUUUCUAGCUUUAACUGUAUUGAUGUAAUUCUCAGUUCAAUUGUUGCCUCAUUAAUUUUAACAUAUACUUUCCAACAUAGAAAUAAACUGCCAAUUUGUGUGCUUAUAUAUUAGUAGAGAAUCUUCCCAGUUCUUUUGAUUAAGAUCAGUCUAACAGUAGUUUAUCUAAUAAACAUGAUUAUUAUAUCACCAAAAAUGUCAUAAGUCAUGAAUACUGAAAAAACAAGGUUAUUUGUAAGUUAUUGUAGCCAUGAAAAUAAUACAUGUACAUCUCCCUAGCCUUUUGAUAUUGAAUACCGACAUGAUUAUUAACAGCUAGGAUAUGUAAUAUAUCCCCUCAGUUUUUUACCAGUUAAAAUCCUAAUAUUAGCUCAUAUUGUAAUAUUGAUAAUUGGCAUUUUUCAUGCAUUUUUACCAAUUUGAAAUCCUUCAGAGUUGAACCAUUAAUAAACUUUGAUUGCUGUCUAUUAGCCUUGUGUAGUUAUCCAUUGGACCAUGUUGCUUAUCCCUAUCAUCACCAGUGCCAGUACUAGAAGGUAUCAUUAAUGGUGCUACUUAUAGCAUUUUGUGAAUAAUCAUUCCAAAAAUGUUUGAGAAAUCAUGCAAAAUGUUAAAGCAAAAAGUGCUGAGACAGAUGGCAGUGUCAUAUUAAAUGAAGAAGCAUUGAUAGCUAAGACAGUGAGAAGCUAUGCAUUAUCUAAGUAUAUAUUUAAUCAUUAUAACAGUAAUACUCCUAAAUCUUAUUAUAAUCAUCAUUAGCUCAGAAAUAGAAAUUACAGAUAGUUUCUUUUCAAAAAUUAUUGCCUACUUAUAGCAUUUUGUGAAUAAUCAUUCCAAAAAUGUUUGAGAAAUCAUGCAAAAUGUUAAAGCAAAAAGUGCUGAGACAGAUGGCAGUGUCAUAUUAAAUGAAGAAGCAUUGAUAGCUAAGACAGUGAGAAGCUAUGCAUUAUCUAAGUAUAUAUUUAAUCAUUAUAACAGUAAUACUCCUAAAUCUUAUUAUAAUCAUCAUUAGCUCAGAAAUAGAAAUUACAGAUAGUUUCUUUUCAAAAAUUAUUGCCUACUGCUACUCUUCAGUCAAUACUUUUGGUAUGGCUGUGUUGAGUACUGACAGUUGCCCACAUACAACAGAAUCUGCUAUGAAAGAGAGGAGGUAGUAAUUUUGAUAUGUUAGACAUAUCACCUGUGAUGUCAACAUGAUUUUGUUUAUAAUUAGUAUAUUGUUUGGUUUUCCAUUUGAAUGCACAGUGGAAUUAUGUCUUCACAGUGUGUAAUAUAUUGGUUGAUGCCAUCUCUGUAAAUGAACUGAGACUUGGAAACUUUGUGGUGGAAUGAAUGUCACUGGACAGUGUAUGUGAUUGUGAUUAGAUGGCCAGAUGAGAUGUUUCUGUGAUUAUACCAUGCCUUGUCACCUA